CCAGCAUGGAAUGGAAUGAUUGUAAAAAAUGUAAGGUGCACAAGUCUGUCUGUCACUCACUGUCAGGGUUCAUCUGACCUUGACCUCUUCUUCUUCUUCCAGCCAGUUUUGUACUCAUACUUCAGAAGCUCCUGUUCAUGGAGGGUUAGAAUAGCUUUGUUGAUGAAGAAAAUUGAUUUUGAAUACUCAGCUGUACAUUUAGUAAAAGAUGGAGGACAACAGAGAUCAGAAGAAUACAGUACUAUCAAUCCCAUGCAGCAAGUUCCUACUCUAGUCAUCAAUGGUCAAAAAAUAUCACAAUCAAUUGCUGUAUUAGAAUAUUUGGAUGAAGCUUAUCCAGAUCCUCCAUUACUGCCAAAAGAUUCCUUACAAAGAGCCAAGGUAAGGGAGAUAACUGAAACAAUUUGUUCUGGAAUUCAGCCACUACAGAACUUAGUUGUUCUUCAGAAAAUUGGAGACGAGAAGAAGAACGAAUGGGGACAUUUUUGGAUAAACAAAGGAUUUGUAGCUUUGGAGAAAUUACUAGAUAAAACUGCAGGGAAAUAUUGUUUAGGGGACCAAGUAACCAUGGCAGAUUUAUGUUUAGUGCCACAAGUUGGUAAUGCAUUAAGAUUUAAUGUAGAUAUGUCAAUGUUCCCUUUGAUAUCAAAGAUCAAUGAAGAAUUAUCUAAACUGGAAGCAUUUAAAAAAGCUCAUCCGUUUGCACAACCAGACUGUCCAGAAGAUCUUAGACAGAAAUAAAAAGCAACAGAUUUAAUGGGGAAAAAACUUCAAGUAGCCAAAUACAUGUUGGAUGGACAGCUGGACACUGUUCAGACAUUUUAUUACCAGUUUUAUGGCAGCUAUAUAAUGAUCUAAUGUAUUUUCUUGUAUUAUAAUUUUGACUAUGAAUCUCAGUUGUCUCUUCUUUUAUACUUGCAUACCCAAAAUUAUUGCCUUAAAAUGAUUGCCUUUUUUCUAGAGUUUAUUUUGAUAAUUUAAAUUCAGACACAUGCAGUUUAAACAUAUUGAUGUUGAGUUUAACAGUGUGUAAUGAUCAGGAGAAAAUAAAUAUCUCCUUGCCUUAUCAAAGCAUUUACAGUAGAGACACAAUUAUGUUUUUUCUGGACUGAUUGGAAUUUUUUAGUUGAGUAGAACAAGUUUACAUGUAUUUUUAACCAGAAAGGCUUGAUGUUAUGGUAUAGAAGUUUACAGUAAGAAUUAUUAUAUUUUUUUAGUAAAAGCUUGUGAUAUGAUCAACUGCUUUAAAAUAAAACAUAUUUAAAGAAAUGUAA